UUUAAGAUCGGUGGAAAUGAGGAGAUAGCCUUCAGUUGAAAGGAUUUAUCAACUUGUCUCCCCCAACAUAUUCUCGCCGACGAAGUGAAAAAGCCGCCUUGUCACCCUUUUCUUAGCUCUUUCAUCUCUUCCUUCUGGUUCUUUCAAUUGAAUUCCGAUAGGCUGUCCUUUGUUGUUGGCUGUUGUUUUUUAACAUUUUCAGUUUCUAACGUAGUGAUUGUGUUUGGACGCAUUCAGAGUGUCGUCCAAGCAAUUGGAUUUUACGACAUAAAAAGGCUGCUGCCGCCGGAGAAUUUUUGUUCUUAUUCCUAGCCCCUCGGGUCUAAACUCCAUUCCCAUGAAAUCCACACAGUUGAAAACAACAAACCAUGAGCCCAGUCAGUGAAGUGGAGGGUUACUGUCUACGCUGGAACAACCACCACGGAACUCUGAUUGAUGUAAUACAGUCCCUUUACCAAGAGCAAAGUUUUGUUGAUGUUACUUUAACGUCUGAUGGGAAAUCAAUUCAAGUUCACAGAUUAGUAUUGUGUGCUGUUUCUCCAUACUUUCAGGAACUACUAUCAAACGACUGUGACAAACAAGCCAUUAUCUUCCUGAAGGAUAUUCCUUUCCACCACCUUCAAGCCCUGGUUCACUACAUAUACCACGGUGAGGUUAAUAUUGCUGAAGACCAACUUGCAGAUCUACUCAGCACAGCAGAGUCCCUGCAAAUUAAGGGUCUUACCGACAGUGAUUGUAAGAUGAACAAUAUUGAGCAGAGGAAUCCUGAUGACCUCGCUGAAAGCCUUCGCCUGAACCAGAUAGGACAGGGCAUCAACAUAACUGAAACCUCCUGCGAAGCCAGUUCGCCCGAUUCGUGUGAAGUCGCAGCAACCAUUGCCACCCAGGGACCCUCACCGAGUCUUGCCUCCGCUACCCUCUCAUUACCUUUUAUGACAACAACGUCAACAACUUCCUUGCAUUCAUUACAGCAGCCUAUCUAUUCUACCAAUCCUAUGGCUUCUCAGGCAAAUAAUAAUGGCGUGCCAUUCGGGACGGCACCGAAGUUGGAAACCGAAAACGAAAGUAGUGUGGCAAGUGAAAAUGAGGAGUGGAGUGACGCAGAUCUAACAGGGCCUACAACACCUCAUCAGCCGCAAGCUCAUCCGGCGCAAACGCACCAGACGCAAGCUCAUCAAACGCAGGCUCACCAACCUCAACCUCACCAAACGCAGGCCCACCAGACGCAGGCCCACCAAACGCAAACCCACCAAACGCAAACCCACCAAACGCAGACACAUCAAGUCGGGGUUACGGCCGCUGCGGUCGCUGCAGCUGCUGUGGCUGCCCAAUCGUUUGCUUCCACCACACCAUACCCCCACGUUCCUUGGGGAGAGAGUUUGGCAGCCGCUGCAGCCGCAGCUAUUGCCUCUUCCUCUUCUCUCGCUGGCCCUUCAGGAGCUUUAGGAGUUUACAACAUUCAACCACCGACAACGGGACCCCCAGUUGUCGCACCUGCCCGUGGCAAACAACGCAACAGUCGCCGUCCGUCCCGGCCGUCAGGCAAUACGACUACAGCUACCCUUAUCCAAGAUAAACCAUAUGUGUGUCCGCGAUGUGGCCGAUGCUACUCGCGGCGCGGUGCCCUCAUCCAACAUCAGCGCUACGAAUGCGGAAUUGAGCCUCAAUUUUCCUGCCCAAUGUGCCCCUACAAGAUAAAACGCAAAGACAGUCUCAACCGGCAUAUCCGCAAUAUGCACCACAAUCAGAAUACCAACUAACCGUUUCCUGUAGCCAUUAUUUCAAGAUGUGCACGUGGAUACGUGUUCGUGUUAGGUACAAACAAGAUAUACAGACGCAACUGUUUCCUCUUCCUUCAACACAGCUCUUUACGUGUCCUUAGGUGCCUGUUUGUUAGUGUCGAAGUGAUUAAGUGAAACAAAAGUGGAACGUUAAAUCUUUUGAAAGUCUUGUGCACUGAUCCUUUUUAGCGAAGAAUUCCUUUCCUUUUGUCUGAGUGUGGUAAUUUUUUUUUUUUUUUUUCUUAACUUAGAUAAUAUGCCGGUUCAAUGAUUUCAUUCAUUCAGUGGCGCUUUUUUUUUCUAAGUGCUUCUCCUCUGCCCUAUUGUGUGUUUGAGCGGAAGUUUCUUGUCUCCUUGAAGGCUUUACUUCUUUUGUUUUCCGUUUUUUCCUGGGGGGUUCAGCUCUUCAAGGGAUUGAAUUGGUUCCGUUCCGUGAAAUGUUUUUUAUUAUUAUUUUUUUUUUUUCUUUCUUUUGGGUAAUCUCCUCACCUUUCGAUGGUGUCGAGAAAGUAAAGGGAAAUGGAUAACUUCUUUGUCCAUUCUUUGAAUGACCGAGUUAACUUUUAUCAUUAGAAUCAUUCUCCCCGUGUCCUUCUUCCCCACCUACACAGCACACACUUCAUUCCCCCUGUUUGGACAACACUGAUUUAAAAAAAUGUCUGAUGCAUAGAAAGAUCCUUCAACUUUAAAUGAAAUCCACGAAAACCUAUGAGCGAAGAAAAUACAUUUGUGGCUUUGAACAGAA